CGAACGCUGACCUCAGAGGAGAGGCAGGCUCUGCUCUCCCACCAAUCAGCGGUCAGACGUUUGGAUCAAUAGGAUCAGGUGUGACAGAGCACCUGUGCUGCGGCGCUAAACGAACCCACGCACAGAUUCAUACAUAUUACAGAUCAAUGAUUAAAAACGUAAGACGUGGCUCUUAAAAGGCUGAUUCUGUUCAUGUGGACGGAAACCUACUUUACUUACCUGGAUGACUGAGUACACACCAAGACUGUUACUAAUGACUGAUCAUCGAGGGUAAACAUAAAGAAAAUCUGUUAUUUUUCCACAUAAAUGAAAACUUUAGCAUUAUGACGUCACAGACAUGAGGGACAGGAAGCGUUUGAUGGUCCGGGGUCUCCUCCUGCUGGACCCAGGACCGAACACCUGUUCUGAGAAAGCAUCCUACUCUGACAAAACGUCCUACCCGUAUUAUAAUUUGACCGUGACUUGCGAGUAAACCUAACCCAACCCCUAACCAUAACCCUAACCAUAACCAUAGCCUUAAGAAGUAUUGUGGAUGGGUGAGGGAAAAAGAAGUUAAUUCGUCGUUGGUGUUGUGCGUAUGAGCCGCGUCUGCGCAGAAACGUUGGGUAGGAAGUUUUUUCAGGUAGGAUGGAUUCCCAGAACACCGGACACCAAACACCGACGGGCUUUUAUUUUGUAAAGAGGAAAUGCGGGGUUUUGUUGUGGAGCGCUUCACAGCAGCUCCCUCACGAGGCGGGAUCAGCUGAUGGGAACUGAGUCACCACUUCCCGGAGAGGAGCACCGAGAGAAGCUCACACCGCCGAUCAGCUCUGAUACCGAGAGCCUCACCUGAGCGCGAGCCCGCGGCUGAACAGACUCUUGUCCUCAGAGCGAGUCCACGGUCGGGGUCCGGCCCAGAGAGCUGAGAUGACUGUCGCAGGCGGAGCGUCCUCCUCCGUCCUUGUGUCUUUGGCAAAGGAAACGGCGGCGCUGAAGGUGAACCCGGCUGAUGUCCCCGUCCUGGAGAUCAAACUGGGAGCGCUGGUGGUCCUGCUGUCUGUCACGGUGCUGUUCGGAUUUGCCCCACUCUGCAUCGUCCGAGGGGUGGGGCGCUUCAGCAUGCAGCCAGAUAUCCGGCGCCUGCUGCUGAGCUUGAUCAGCUGUUUUGCUGGAGGCGUGUUCUUUGCCACCUGUCUGCUGGACCUGCUGCCAGACUACCUGCAGAGCAUCAAUGAGGCCUUCAGCAGCGCCGGGAUUAAGCUGCAGUUCCCCCUGCCCGAGUUCAUCGUGGCCAUGGGCUUCUUCCUGGUCCUGGUCCUGGAGCAGAUCAUCCUGGCCUUCAAGGACCAGACGUCGCCGUCCCCGGAGGAGCGGCGCUCUCUGCUGGUGGACUCCAGCAUCCAAUCCAACGAUCACCGCCGCCGCCAGGACUCGGCGGACUCGGACGGUCACUUCCACGUGGACUUUGGAUCUCAGUCCGCCCUGCGCGCCUUCAUUCUGGUCUUCUCGCUGUCGCUGCACUCAGUGUUCGAGGGGCUGGCGGUGGGUCUGCUGGAGAAGGGGCAGGAGGUGCUGGAGAUCUGCCUCGCCCUGAUGAUCCACAAGAGCAUCAUCUCCUUCAGCCUGACGGUGAAGCUGUCUCAGGCCCGGCUGCGCCGCUCUGUGGUGGUCGGUUGCCUCCUGCUGUUCGCCGUCAUGUCGCCGCUGGGCGUUGGCCUGGGCAUCGGCCUCAGCGAGACCAAGACAUCGCCGGGGCACCAGCUGGCCCGCUGCACACUGGAGGGGCUGGCGGCGGGAACCUUCAUCUACAUCACCUUCAUGGAGAUCCUGCCGCACGAGCUCGCCGCUGGCAGGAACCGCAUCGCCAAGGUGGCUGUGCUGCUGGUGGGCUUUGCCGUAGUGACCGCCGUGCUCUUUAUCAAACUGUAGACGCAGAUGGCGAGAGGGCGAGCUCCGUGUGCGACUUCAGACACGUCACAUGGUUCAGAGCUUCAUUAGGAACACGUUUUUAAUUUCUUUGAUGUUAUUGAGAGAGGAAGACUUAAACCAACGAUGACGCGAGAGCGCCAGGGGGAGGAGCAGAACAGCCCCACAAACCUGAUCCGUGAAAGUUUGGCUCGUGUCCUCCUUCGAGGUCUCCUCCGACCACCUGCAGGGUUUGACGGAAACCCACCAAUCAGACAAACCCCCGUGAGCCGCACCUGGUGACAGCGGGGAGAGAGAACUCCCUUUUAACAGGAAGAAACUUCUGGCAGGCUCAGGGAGGCGGGAUGAAGCUAAGGAGCCGCAGCAGGCGAUCGAACCCCCAGGGAGUGAAGAAGUGCAUCAUGGGAAGCAGACUGGCCUGCUGCGGCGCGAUCUCAGAGUUCGGGGUGCAGCGGGACAGCGGCCAUAUUUGAUGGCUAACGGAGCUUUUAUUGGAGGUUCCACGUGGAGAUGCUUUGGCUGUUUAGUUACAUCGAAGAAGCGACCGACGGAGCAAAGACCCCGAUCACAUGACCAAUACUCCGACCUCCUCGUGAACAAAAUCCCGAGGAAAGCCUGAAGUGAUCCACCAACCACAAACCUCUGAUGUGCUCGCCUCAGAGGAGCGACCCAGAGCUGUGGCUGAUUUCAGUUUUUAGGACUAACGUGUUGCUAAACGAGGAUUUCUGAGCCGACGUCUGGAAAACCUUCAGAAAUCUGACUGGAACGUUUGGAGCCGCUGAGCCGGAGGAGAGUAUAUUUUUAGUGGAGAGCUCUAUUUUAACUGACAGCAGGAUUCAAACACUUAUUUUUUGUAAUUAAAGUAUUUUUAAACAUGUAAAUUUACUGUAAUCAAGUUUGUAUCAAAUUAUACAGAAAAUAAACACG